AUGCUGCACACAUCACUGGCACGCAUCCUUGCACCACCCACGUGGCCUGAUGGGACGCUAGCACACAAUGCCGAGUCAGCGAUGCCGAUUUUUCGCUCCAUAGCCAGCGAGCUCGACCAGAAGCUCUGCCGCAAACAGACGGUGGUGAGGGAGCUAUGGAACAUGGAGGAGAUGGAUGUGUUGGCGCUGGCGCUACAAGGCAAGAUGAGCGUCAAGCGAUUCAACCUCACGUGUAUCCAACCAGACUGGGUCUGGGACACAACUGACAGCUACCGUGGAUCUCACACCGAAUUAGUGCUCCGAUACGCAUGCACUCAGGGACAUUUUUACUCAGCAAGAAGGAGGUAUUGCAGCAAAGACACGAGAGAAAUAGCAACAGGACCAGAGGUGGCAGAGGAGGGAAGGGACGGUGAGGAGGGGAUGGAGGAGGGGAUACUGCAAGGCAUGGAGAAUGGGGAUCAUGAUGGGGAAGCUGCCACCAGUUACCAUGCCAUGUGA